AUGUCUCCCCACGACCAGGAAGCUAUCCUCCGAGACUCACCCGGGGCUCGGAAAGAUGUGACAAAGCCCGAGGAUGGCGAGGCAGCCCCUCCCCCGGAACCCACCUCAAACACACCACAGGGAGCGGCAAGCGCGGAGGAUGACGAUCUGUUGGAUCUCAACGGUGAUGGGCACGACACAGCGGAGAGCCGGAACCCCUUGGGGAUAUCACAUGCUGGGAGCGAGUCGACGAAGCAGGGCAAACAACCCGAGGAUCCCGACUACAUGUCCUCCUCUGUCGCAACGCUGCGGCCAACCACGUCCCCUACCACCACAACUGCCACGCAGUACCUGACCGCCGAAUCCCGAACAUACAUCGACCCUACUCCACCGACCCCGACCGCCUCGCGGCCCCCAUCUCGAGCGCCAUCGUCGGCCCCCAGACGCAGGUCAGAAGAUCCUUCCCCGACGAGAUCCGACGCAGCCUACGAUGAGAAGAGAUACACAAGUGAGGAUGAGCAGGAGCCGGGGUCGAGGUCCGAGAUCCAGAGUAUCAUGGAACAGUUCAGUGAGCUCGGGGGCGGGCCUGACGCCGACGAAGUCAUGAGCCCGAGGCUAGAGAUUGCGUCACCAUUAUUAGGGACUUCCAUUCAACACCCGCCUCGGAAAUCUAGCUUGGAGCCACUCGCUCCCAAUAUCGCUCAGCAGCUCCAGGAUUUGCCGGGUCCCAGUGGUUCAGCUAUCUCGUUGGCGAGCACGAGAUCACACAAAGAAAGCGAUGACUUCGGUCCGCCGGUACCACCAAAAGACGAUUCUAGCUACUCUGCGCGUUCGCGGGAUGAGAGUACCGACUCCCCCAUGUCCCCCAUUACUUCACUACACCGGCCACCCCCGCCGGAGCCGGAGCCGGAACCGACGUUGCCCUUCGACUUUCAUCGGUUUUUGGAGCAGCUCCGUAAUAAGAAGGCGGAUCCUGUGGCGCGAUACCUCAAAUCCUUCCUAUCCGAGUUUGGGAAACGUCAAUGGAUGGUGCAUGAACAAGUCAAGAUUAUUGGCGAUUUCCUAACCUUUAUCGCAAACAAGAUGGCUCAGUGCGAGGUAUGGCGUGAGGUUUCGGACGCUGAAUUUGACAACGCACGAGAAGGGAUGGAGAAGCUCGUGAUGAACCGUCUCUACACCCAAACAUUUUCGCCAGCGAUACCAGCACCACAACCAGUACCCGGGGCAAAGAAAAAAAGGGGCGGCGAUCGAGUGAUGGGCCCAGGGCGGCGUGGGCAACACCAGGAAGAUGUGGAGCGAGACGAAAUCCUUGCUCAAAAGGUGAACAUCUACAGCUGGGUGAAGGAGGAGCACCUGGACAUCCCAGCAGUAAAUGAUAGUGGGAAACGCUUCCUGAAGCUAGCGCAACAAGAGUUACUCAAGAUUAAGUCGUACCGUGCGCCGCGGGACAAGAUCAUUUGCGUAUUAAAUUGCUGCAAAGUCAUAUUCGGGCUGCUAAAACAUACGAAAUCGGACUCGUCGGCCGACUCGUUCAUGCCGAUGCUAAUCUAUGUCGUCUUGCACGCCAACCCUGAGCACCUCGUCUCCAACGUCCAGUACAUUCUCAGGUUUCGCAACCAAGACAAGCUAGGGGGGGAGGCAGGGUACUAUCUGUCAUCUCUGAUGGGCGCCAUCCAAUUUAUUGAAAACAUGGACCGCACAACACUUACCAUCACCGACGAAGAGUUCGAGAACAACGUUGAGGCAUCCGUGUCAGCAAUUGCAGAGAAACACCGCGCCGAAUCCCCGCCUCCAAGGCCUCCUUCGUCCGGGAAACCAACUUCCCUAAGACCCCCUAACGCGGGUGAAUCAAAAGCCUCGUCUGCCCGGCCAUCCCUCGAUACCGACCGCCCUGACAGCCCGCGCCGAUCGACUUCCUCUAACGAAGCACGCGAGAGCGGCGAGUACAGCGGUAGUGACGAGAAAGCCGCCAUCACAGGUCUCCUACGGUCCAUCCAGAAACCCCUCAGUACUAUCGGUCGCAUCUUCUCAGACGAGCCAUCAACAUCAGCUACGGCGGCGGGCCCUAGCGCCGGCGGGAACAUUGCGAGCCCAGCACGCACGCCGCAGCCGGAGCGAGGCGCCGGUGACGCGCGUUCGAGACAGCGUUUGUCCGCCGAAGAGGCGGCCGCGCGGCAGGCAAGUGCCGAAGCAGCUGAGGCGCAGCGGCUUCAUCGGGCUGAGCAUACGAAUGUGGUUGAGACGUUGGCGGGCAUGUUCCCGGACCUAGACCGAGAUAUCAUCAGCGACGUCGUAUAUCAGAAGGAGGGAAGGGUCGGGUUGGCGGUUGACGCCUGUCUCGCACUUUCGGCGUGA